AUGAACCCCAAUUACGAUCCUUCGCAAAACACUCUACUUUCUCCCGUUUACCUUCCUGAAGACCCCAGAGGUGUGCUUAAAGAAAACCACCCAGCAAUUUCAAUACUGGCGAACUCGGGAAUAGUCGUCCAACGAGAACUAGAGAUGAUGAAUAUUUUGAUUGGGUUUGAACAAGCGAAUAAAUAUGCCAUUAUGGAUGCGCUGGGAAACCACAUUGGAUAUAUGGCAGAAAAGGAUACAGGAUUGGUGAAUACAAUGGCACGACAAUGGCUUCACACCCAUCGAAGUUUCGUGACGCAUGUAUUCGACCGACGAGAAAAUGAAGUUCUUCGAUUCAACCGGCCGUUCUCAUGGAUCAACUCCCGGAUUCACGUAUAUGAUCCUCUUGAUAAAACGCCAAAUGCUAACUCGGAAUCUACGUCUGUUCAAAAUACAACACCCGGUUCUCUCAUUGAACCUGGCACCAGAUCCAGUGCAAGAAUAUCACCACUUGGUCUCGGUCAAAUGCGAGUUAUCGGCGAAGCCCAACAGCAGUGGGCACCUUUGCGGCGAAAGUACAAUCUCUUCACUUAUCACCAGUCCCCAAAUCUAGAAACAGACAUGGGAACCCAUGAUAUCUCGCUAUCAAACUCUGGUUUAUCACGAGCACAGCAGACGGAGCUGAUGCAGAGAUCCAACCAAGACCAGGGUCAAUUCAACCAAUUUGCCUAUGUUGAUGAACCCUUUCUAUCAUGGGAUUUCUCCCUGAAAUCAGCAGAGAAUCAGUUAAUUGGAUCCGUUAAUCGUAACUUCUCAGGCUUUGCUCGUGAAAUCUUCACAGACACCGGUGUCUAUGCAAUGCGAAUGGAUUCCGCAGCUCUCGGCACCGAGACAUCACCCAGCAACAAAAGUUUAGGAAUGACCCUCGACCAACGCGCUGUUAUGCUAGCUACAGCUGUAAGCAUUGAUUUCGAUUAUUUCAGCCGGCAACACGGCCAUGGUGUAUUUGGCUUUGCGUCGCCAGGCUUCAUGGGUGGCCACGCUCCCGCUGGGGGUGCAACUGCAGGAGGCGCUGCCGCCGGUGAAGCCGGGGCCGUCGGUGGAGUCGCUGCAGGAACUCUUGAACGGGCUGGAACCGUCGGUGGUAUGCCGAGUGGCAUGGUUGGAGGCGCUACCACCGCAGGUGCAAUGGCUGGGUAUGAAGCAAUGCACAGGGGCAACACGACCGAUCCAAAUGCCUCAGCAUCGGAGCCGCUGGACCCGGCUGACCCGGGCUCACAAGAAUUCCAAGAUAAACCUCAAGACUCUUGGGGUGAAGAUGGUUCUUGGGGUGGAGAUGGUUUUUGGGGUGACGGAGGAGAUGACGGAGGUGACGGGGGUGACUUCUUUUGA